AUGUGUAAAGAUGAACAUGUUAAUCCAUGGUUGUCAGGUGUACAUCAUGUGGAGGGAAUGGAGUUGCUUACGUCCUUGGAGUUGGAGACAGUCAAUGGCACAGAUGUACAGCUCAAAUGUACAUUUAAAUCUACACAUCCUCUCUCUGAAGACAAUGUCUCUGUAUCCUGGCGCUUCCGACCACUCAGAAAGAUGACAGAAGAAAAUUUUUACUACCAAAAAAAAAGUGCAUUUCCCCCGGAAACAAGAAUGUUUAAGGGUCAUGUAUGGUCUGGUGAUAUAAUGAAGGGUGACGCAUCCAUCACGCUGCAGAAUGUGCAGUUCAGAUUUAAUGGUACCUACAGCUGCCAAGUCAAAAAUCCAGCCGACAUCCAGGGCUUUGUAAGUGAGAUCAGACUCAAGAUUCUUCUUAAAGUUUCAUUCUCUGAAAUUGGAAUUCUGGCAAUAGCUGUGGGUGGAUCCAUUGGUGUUGUUCUCCUGCUCCUCAUCAUUUAUAUUGUUGUGCGGAUAUUCCAGAGACAGGACGAUGAUACGUUUGUUGAGAUGGAGAACCACAAAUCAAAAUAUGAGGUGCUGUGAGAGAGGAUGCCUGACUCAGGGU